AUGUACCUCUUGCAGGUUGACACCGAAGGCGAGUUCAGCCUGGUAGAGAAGUAUGGCGAGCACAUACCAUCUUACGCUAUUCUUUCGCAUACUUGGAUUGCGACGCAAGACGAAGUCACUUUUAAAGACGUUAUGAAAGGCAGAGGCAAGAAUAAGCGCGGCUAUAAUAAACUGCACUUUUGCGCAAAACAAGCUAUUCACGACAAGCUUGACUACUUCUGGAUUGAUACCUGUUGCAUUGACAAAUCAAGCAGUGCAGAGUUGCAAGAAGCGAUCAAUUCUAUGUUUAAAUGGUACCAGAAUUCAGCUAAAUGCUAUGUCUACCUAACAGAUGUCUCGCUUCAUACUUCAGCUGCUGCCCUUGCUAGUCACGGCUGGAGGUCUGCGUUUCGACAGAGUCGGUGGUUCACUCGAGGCUGGACUCUUCAGGAACUUCUCGCUCCAACGUCAGUUAAUUUCUUCACCCGUGAAGGCGCGUCCCUGGGGGACAAGCAAUCACUUUGGCAAGACAUCAACGAAGCCACCGGAAUUCCGCCUCAGAUACUUCGCGGAGAUGUCUUCUCUCUGUACCAAGUGCCAGUCAAUGACCGUUUACGGUGGGCACGAAAUCGACAAAAGACCCGAGAGGAGGAUCAGUGCUACUCACUGCUGGGCCUUUUCAAUGUGCACAUGUCACUCUUGUACGGAGAAGGUCGCAUAAAGGCUUUCAGGCGCUUUCAUGAAGAGUUGAAGAAAGAUCAAGAAGAUCCGACGGAGUUGAACGCUAUUCUUGCCCAGGUUCAGGCUCAGCAGUUUGAUAGAGACGAUGAUGUAAUGAUCAUCCCGGACAACAGCACGAGGCCAAAUGUACUGAAGAGGGUAGCUGAGGAGGCUGUCGAAGACUCAACCUACCAUCAGCUGAAAAUUGUCCGCCGACAAGCCAGGCCAGAAACAACGUACUCGCAUGCCACCGGAGCACGGGUUGCACAAGGUACACAUGCGGACAGAUUAAUUGCAGGGAGCGUCGAUGUCCCUCUUGAGGAUACACGCGUUCCCGACCAUCGCUACAACACCGGAUUUGACCAGGAGCAAGCGCAGGCACGUCAGACGCAAUCUUGGUGGGAUGAAGCGGCCGCAAACAGAUUCGGUUCUCCGAGGGCCUAUUCUCGGGUUGCAGUAUUGCUUUUCAAGUGGGCAAAUGAAAUUGACGAGCUUCAAACGGCGGUGGAGGUGAACGAUCUGGAAGCCAUGUUUCGCGAGCGCUUCGGUUUCGAAACUGACAUUCUUGAAUUGACUUCAAAGAAGCCCCAACUACAGUUGAACAGUCGCAUAUCGUCUUUUGCAGAAAAAUAUAACGAACCGGGCAACCUAAUCGUUGUGUUCUACAACGGACAUGCCAUCUGGAGAGACCUGGAAAACGAUCUCCAGUUAACAGCAGGGAGCACCAACACCACGACAGCGAGCUGGAAUAAAGCUGAAGCGAUCCUCACAGCGGAUGAUUUAGACUCUGAUACUCUAAUUAUUCUUGAUGCAUGUUACUCAAGAAGCAUAACGAAGAGUCAGGGUUCAAGCGACAAAGAGUUCUCGAGGAAAUUUGAGCUAUUGAGCGCAGGUCCAUCAGACGAGACAACUCCAGCGCCAGGCCCCCGCUCCUUCACCAGAUCUCUCAUCAAUAAUCUCGGGGCUCUUCUGCUGGAUUACGACGACAAACCUUUCUCGACGUUCCAUCUUAAUCAGCGUCUCUGUAUAGAUCGGCAUAAUUCACAGCUCUGGCACGGGUCACGGAAUAACCAACACAUCCUUCUUGCGCGCAUGCGCAGUCAAAAGAAAUCACCGGACACGCCUGUGGUGCCACAAUCAAGAGGUCGCCUGACUCUGAGUUUCGAUAUCCGGGACGAGACCUUGACUAAAGAGCAAACCGAGCACCUAGCCACACGACUCGCAAAGACCUUUGAGCAUAGGAACCUGCUCGGGGUUCGCAAAAUCAAUUGGCAUGGUAUCGAACGCAUCAAAGUACUCGAUCCAUUCGGGUGGGUGACAAUUGCAAUAUAUGCUGUUGUGCACUGGAAAAACUUGGUACGACGGCGACGCAAAGAAAGAGUUAAGGCAGUGUAG